AUGGCGCCAAAGUACAAAUUCUUAUUUGUGCCGGAUUUCUUCAUCAAAUAUGAGGAAGAAGCGAAGAAAUACCAAGGAGGUAAAAUAAUUACGCAACCACAGCUAGGAAUAUUAACGCAAGACUAUGGUCCUGUUGACGAAGAGCCUGCGACAUUCACAAACCGACCCCAAUGGGCUCGAUUCGCAGAACAUGUCAAGAACUUAAACGAAACAUGUGGCGACGGUGUAUCUUACAAGCUGUUCUAUUUGAUACGGCACGGUAUUGGGGUGCACAAUGUAGUAAUGGAGGCGGUAGGAUCGGAGGCUUGGAGAACCAAGUUCUCCAUGCUCGAUGGUGCCCGGCCCGACGAGGUCAACCUCAAAGACACCAGUCUCACACACGACGGUAAACUCAUGUGGGUUGAUGCGCUUCUUGUAGAAGAUGGAAUCGCUCAAGCCAAAGAGCUGGCCGAGACUUGGAUGAAGGUAACGAAGAUCGAUGAAAUGCCGUUGCCACAAUCAAUAUACACCAGUCCUUUGGCUAGAUGUCUCGAAACGACUAAACUUGUCUACGAACCUGUAAUGGCGCAACAGAACUCUGAGCUACAUCCGAUCGUGAAGGAGGCUCUGAGAGAAAGAUUGACAAAUCAUACUUGUGAUAAGCGCAGAUCACGUUCAUGGAUUGAAAAGCACUACCCCAAUUAUAUCAUUGAACCUGGGUUCACUGAAAAUGAUAAUCUCUGGAAGGCAAACGAAGCGCCUGAAACCGAAGCGCAACAUAUAGAGAGAAAGCGAUCACUUUUGGAGGAUAUUUUCGAACACGACGACGCCCAAUUCAUAUCACUGACAACACAUUCGUACGCAAUAUCGGCCAUACUUGCGGUUGUUGGCGCCCCUAAGUUUCGCGUGAGCGAGAGUGUUUUAGUUCCUCUUUUUAUCAAGGCCAAAAGAAUCCCGCCUGUAGAUGCUAUAGAUAUAAAAUCGUCAUAG